AUGGUAAAACAAGCUAGUGGUUACCAUAGCAACAACAAAUCAGUAAUAUCAAAGUUAUUUAAUGCCAAAAGAGAGCCCCAUCUAUUCUCAUUGGCUAGCUUGAUUGACCAAUCAGAGUUGGAUGAAGUGGUCACAUGUCCCAAUCAUGAAGAUGUAAUAAAGCUGGUAGAUUUAGCACCUGAUGUAAUGCUAUGUGACUUUGACCCAAAGUAUAUCCUGAAUGAAGACCAGCUCAUACUUGUGCAAAGUCAAGAAUAUGCUCUUGGGGAUGGGAGUUAUGGCUCUGUGUAUAGAGGGCGCUACAACCAACAAACAAUUGCUGCCAAAGUCUACAAUACGUUAGGAGAUAUUCACCCACAUAAGAUGAUGCGACAAGAGGUGACAAUACUGAGACGACUGAAUCACCCUAGCAUUCUGUCAAUGGUGGCUAUAGGGCUACAUCCCAGAGUACUGGUGCUUGAACUAGCCCCUCUUGGCUCACUGGGGUCACUAUUGAAGGCGGGUAGAACAAUCACAAGGCAUAUACAGCACCGCAUUGCAGUACAGGUUGCAGAUGGGCUGAGUUACCUGCACCAGCACCUAGUGAUCUACAGAGACAUGAAGCCCGAUAAUGUCCUCAUCUUUAGCCUCUCACUUAGUGCUGUGAUAACUGCAAAGAUCUCAGAUUAUGGUAUAUCCAGGUUUGCGGCACCUUAUGGCCUGUCAUCUUCUGAGGGCACCCCGGGGUACAGAGCACCAGAGGUGGCCAGGGGAGAGCCGUAUACACUAGAGGCAGACAUAUUUUCCUUUGGGAUUACCUUGUAUGAAUUAGUAACUGGUGGACGUCAUCCAUUUGAUGAACUGGCCUUUCGGAGUGAACUAGAUGAAGCUGUUCUAAAGGGCAAAGCUAUUGAGCCAAUCACAACUAAGUCCUGUGCUCCAUGGCCAGACCUACAGGAACUACUAGACCAGUGUUUACUGCAAACACCUGAAAGUCGACCUACGUCUCAUGAGCUGUUUGAGAGCCUGAACAGUGCUGAGUUGCUCUGUCUGAAGAGUAUUAUCCCCGUCUCUAAGGGCCUCACAGUCGAGUGCAUGACAGUUAGGAGCUGUGGAGAUGGAAGGCUUGAGCUCUGGGUGGGGAGUGGUGACAAAGACUGUGUACAAAUAUCAUGGGUAAAGCUGACUGACUCUGCCAUGGAGGUUAAGGGUUUGAUAUUCAAGGACUCUAGGAUACUGUGUAUGACAUCACUGGGUGUAAAUACCAUUGUCGUAGGGUCACAGUCAGGCAAGAUUUGGGUGUAUGACACCAAGAAACACCAGGCCAUACAUAGCCUUAGGAGGCUGUCGGACUCAGUUUUGUGUCUUCAACAGUAUAAAGCUGGUGCAUCAGACACAGAUGUGUUGCUUGCAGGACUGGCAGAUGGUCACCUGGUGUUAUACAAUGCUAAACAUGUCACUAAAGACAAAAAUGUUGAACCAGAACUGGUAAAACUGGGUAAUGCUGGAGAACCAAUCAAAUGCUGUUGCAUAACCAAUAAUAGGGUGUAUAUCGGGUGUGGCAGUCGUGUUGUUGCAAUGAAGAUAUCCAAUGACCAUACACACAGGAUAGAUGGCGUAUGGGACACAGCACCUGCCUCAUACAAUGAAAGACUGUUGGUGAGCUGUUUGUGUGUUAAACAGUCUCAGAUGUAUCUCUCAACCAGGGGAAGUGCAAUACUUCAGAUAUGGGAUAUUAGGAAGGGAGUCUGUAGAAGCACUGUAGAUAUAGAACAAAUACUCAAGAAAUCUGGUCAAAGUUGUCUGUCCAUUGAUUCUCGAAUAACAUCCCUAAUGCUCCAGUCCCGCAGCAGCCUCUGGGUCGGUACAGGAGGUGGCCAUCUUGUUUUAUUCGAUGCAAUAACUUUAAGUGCAAUAUCCAUUAUUCAGCGCCAUGCCUCCGCGGUGAGGCAUAUAAUAGCAGCUCAAUCACAAGAUGGCAAUAACAGAUUCUCAGGGGUAUUAACAGCUGGCCUAGGAUUCCUUUGUAACCAAGACACCCAGAGCAGUACUUCAUUGUCAGACAAUGAUAUUGAUAACCUUUAUGGUUGUAUAGCAGUGUGGGACUCUGACCUACCCCAACAGGUUCAGCAUAUACAACAUGCCAAUAAGACCCGAGAGGAGUGGAAGCAGAGACAUUGUCAGAAAUAG